AGUUGUUAUACUGUUGAAAAUGCUAGAUUUUACAGCGAUUCAGGAGUGGGUUACCAAAAACCUUUCUACGAUCUUGCUCAUUCUAUUCGUAUUGUUCCGAGUGUGGACAGUUCGGAAGAGUCUCCAAGGUGGUGACACGGAAAAAGAGGUCCCUGGUAACAAGGUGGUUACCGUCGCUAACAUGGCCGAGUGGAAUGAGCGUCAGGAGGAAGCUAAGAAGAAUAAGAAGAUCAUUGUUGCUGAUUUCUUCGCUACGUGGUGUGGUCCUUGCAAGCGAGCGGCUCCAGAAUAUCAGCAGAUGAGCAUCGACUACGAUGAGAAGACUGUGAUGUUCUUGAAGGUCAACGUUGAUGCUGCAACUGAUGUUACGACAGCUAUGGGGGUGCGGUCCAUGCCGACAUUCAAGGUCUUUAAGGACGGUGCUGAGCUGAAGACUAUCACUGGUUGGGAUAAGGCUGGUAUGACCACUCUUUUGAACGAGAAUGGAGCGAAGCUGUUAUCCCCGGAGGAGAGAGAGAAGAUCGUGAAAGAAGCUGCCGCUGCUGCUGCUGCGAAUGCUGAGACUAAAAAGGAUCAGUAGAUUAUGAUAGAUUAAGAUUUUCCAAACCUUUCUGCGUUGA